CGCUGCCAUGGCGGCGUGGGCGCGGGCGGCGCGGGCGCUGCUGCUGGACGUCAGCGGGGUGCUGUACGACAGCGGCGGCGACGGCGGGGCGCCCAUCGCCGGCUCGGUGCAGGCCGUGCGCAAGAUCAAAGCGUCUGGUCUGAAGUUGCGGUUCUGCACGAAUGAAACACAAGCAACCCGGGAGAAGUUUGUGAAGAAGCUCCAGGGCUUAGGUUUUGACAUCUCAGUGGAUGAAGUCACUGCCCCAGCACCAGCAGCCUGUCGUGUGUUAAAGGAGCGCAACCUGAGGCCACACUUGCUUGUACACAACGAUGUUGUCCCUGAAUUUGCUGAGAUUGAUAAAGCAAACCCAAACUGCGUGGUAAUUGGAGAUGCAGCAGACAACUUUUCCUAUGCAAACCUUAAUGAAGCUUUCAGAGUUCUGAUUGGGUUGGAGAAUCCUGUUUUGAUAUCUCUUGGAAGAGGACGCUAUUAUAAAGAAACCGAUGGUCUGAAACUUGAUGUUGGAGCAUAUAUGAAGGCUUUAGAGUAUGCUUGUGAUAUUCAAGCUGAGGUAGUCGGAAAACCAGCAAAAAUGUUUUUUGAGUCAGCCUUAGCAGAACUGGGAGUUCAGCCACAGCAGACCUCAGGCGAGAGCUGGCGGUGCACAGGCGCGGAGGAGAGCCGCUCCAGGGAGGGCAGGCGGGCUGCCGCUGCGCCUGGCAGAGUGAAGAUUUUGGGUACCAUCAUGAUUGGAGAUGAUAUUGUGAAUGAUGUAGGAGGCGCCCAGCAGUGCGGUAUGCGAGCCGUGCAAGUACGGACAGGGAAGUACAGAUGGGAAAUAGCAGCAGAAAUUUUCCAGUGUGGAUGAGGCAACCGAGCCAGGGGGUCUGAGGAGCAUGGAAGGGUGGAAUGAGUUUCCUUCUGCUGACCACCUUGGGGAAGAAGGCUGGGAGCUGCAUGGGCCUCCCUGUCCACCGGCGUCGCAGAGCCCAGGCCAGCCUGCUGCCCAGCACCCGCUGAAUCCAGCACCCUGGCUGGGGCGCCCGUCCGGGGCUGCCAAGGCCUUUCCCACCAGCAUUUACCCUCCGAGGAGCAACGUGCUAACAGGCGUGUUCCUCAGCUGCUCUUCUGCAAUCGAUUCUGAACGGGACUCUGGUUAGACACUGACUUUUUAUUUGGAAUUUACAGGGGCUUAUUUUGAAAAUUAAAUAAGAGCCCAGAUGGCUUAGAAAAACCCAGAUAGAUCCAACCUGAAAGCAGCUCUUGCCACGCACGUUCCCAUGCUCUUUCAACAGACAGAGGCUGCUUUGCCAAGUGUGAUUUCAGAGGAAGCUUGGAAGGAAUGUCCAGCCCUGUCUGUCGUCCUUUCUUCGGAGAACUUCUGGGGCCUUUGCAAUGGGCAGAAUAGCCAAAAGAAAGGGAUUUAGCUUUUAUAAAACUCUGAGCUGGGAUUCGGUGUGUCCUGCUUUCCUUCUUCCCAGGAAUUAUCCCCUUUCUCCAUGAGUCAUCUCAUGGAUAAGAAUAAGAGACUUUCUAGGGCAAAGAGGACAAAACGGCAGAAUCUGGCUCUUCAGAGCAGUCAUUCUACUCUCUGUGCUCAUUUGUUCAUGGGUUUGCAAGCAUCUUGCAUUUCUAGCACAGGAAGUUUAAUCCCAGAGAACUCCAGUGUAGUCCAAAUGGAGUUAUUUCAGUGCAUUUGCACACAUACCUGCACGCUGUGUUGUGUGGCUGCCUGCCACCCCCUCUCCAGAGGUGGAUGCCUUUCAGAAGCAAAGUAGUUUGCAUGUAUAUAAAUAUUCAGUGCUUGUGGGUAAGCGAAAACUGUGUGAGCAGGAAUGUUAAAAUAUUUCCUUAAGUUUGCUGGAAGGGGUGGAUGCUCAAGGGUUGCAGGAUUUGUCUCGUUAGCGGUAAAACAGUGCCUGAGGAUUAAAAUCUUUGCUGAGAUUGUGAUAUUUCUCCUCUGGCUACACAGCCGCAGAGCUGGGAGCUGUUCUAGCCCUCAGGCAUCGCUGUUCUGAUUUUGGCCUUUGAAGCCCCCGAGGGCUAUGGAAAUGCCAGGCUUGGAGGCUGGCGCGAACUGGUAGGGAGCUGUCGUUCCUGUCCGCAGCUCCCUGCACAGCCGUACGAGUCCGCUGCACAAGCGGCGUUUCGCGGCCACGUGGGAGGAAUCCACAAGCGGCUUUGCAGAUUUGCAUCGAACCUUCCUGUCCGCACCUGGCUUUGUGCUUCGAGCCAGCACACGGCACUUCCCGUGCCCCUCAAAAGGCAACUUCGGAGGAACUGGUGAGUGCCUGAGAGGGGCUGGGCAGAGCCUGCCUUCCGCGGCUGCUCUCAGCCCUGGCCACUUCCCCAACUGCCUCUUUCGUUGCCUGCAAGCCACUCGCUGG